AAGUACUAAAAACAUGCAUUUUUAAAAAAGCACUUCCAAUUAUUAAUUAAGAACUUUGUGUUAACGAAGCGUGUACAUAUUAGAUGGAGAUCGUAACAAUAGCCUUGUCUCUGCUCCUCUGUUUCUUCUUCAUCUUCAUCCGAAAAAUCUGUUCCGGCGACAGUGGAGCCAAGAACCCGCCGGGUCCUCCAAGGCUACCUUUUCUUGGUAACAUCCUUCAACUCGGUGAAAAGCCUCACCGUUCACUUUCUGACCUCUCGAAGAUUUACGGAAGCGUAAUGAGUCUUAAGCUUGGUAGUUUGACCACAGUCGUCAUAUCUUCACCGGACGCAGCAAAAGAAGUGCUGAAAACACAUGAUCAUGUCUUGUCUUACCGAAUCCCCAGUGACCCGGUUCGAGCCGCUGGUCAUCACGAGCUUUCCAUUGUCUGGCUUCCUCCGUUCGCUCGUUGGAGGUUUCUACGAAAGAUAACGAAGAAUCAGUUAUUCUCAACGCAGCGUUUAGAAGCAACCAGUGCCUUAAGGAUGAUGAAGGUGCAAGAACUUAUGAGCUUCGUUAACAAAUGCAGCGAGAGAAGAGAAGCUGUGAAUAUCUCUCGAGCAUCAUUCAUCACAUCACUCAAUAUAAUCUCCAACGCUCUGUUUUCCACAAACCUCGCAAACUUUGAUCAUGACUCGAAGACAUCUCAGGAUUUCCAUAACGUUGUGAUUCGGAUGAUGGAGAUCGCCGGAAAACCAAACCUCGCUGAUUUCUUCCCUUUUCUUGGGUUUCUUGACUUGCAAGGAGCUAGAAAAGAAGCGAGGCUACUUAUGCACAAAUUGUUUAGGGUUUUUCAAGGAUUCAUCGACGCAAAGAGAGCAUCAAAUGUUUGGAAAAACAACAACGAUAUGUUAGAUUCUCUUUUGGAUAUUGCUCAAGACGAGAAGUCAGAACUCGAUGAUAAUGAUAUCAAACAUCUGCUUCUCGACUUGUUUCUGGCGGGAGUAGACACGAGUUCGAGUGCGGUGGAGUGGGCUAUGGCGGAGUUACUUCAAAACCCUAAGAUGAUGGUGAAAGCUCAAGAAGAGAUAAGACAAGUGAUAGGGCUAAACAGCACCGUCCAAGAACUGGAUAUCGUUAAACUACCUUAUUUACAAGCAGUUGUGAAAGAGAGUCUUCGUUUGCAUCCGCCUGCUCCAUUUCUCAUCCCUCGAAAAUCCGAGUCUGAUGAUGUCCGAAUUUUCGAGUUCCUCAUUCCUAAGAAUACUCAGGUUCUCGUGAACGUGUGGGCGAUAGGACGAGAUCCGAGCGUGUGGGAAAAUCCGACGCAGUUCAAACCAGAGAGGUUUUUGAGGAGAGGAAUCGAUGCGAAAGGCAAUGAUUUUGAGUUGAUUCCGUUUGGAGCUGGACGAAGGAUUUGUCCAGGAAUGCCACUCGCGUUUAGGAUAAUGCAUCUAGUUCUUGCAUCUCUUCUCUAUGGCUUUGACUGGGAGAAUCAAAACGGCGUAGUUCUUGAAAAUGUGGAUAUGAGUGAGGCCUUCGGUGCUACCAUGCACAAAGCCGAACCAUUAUGUGUCGUGCCCUUCAACAAUGGACCGAGUCUCCCGUGACGAGAUUUGAAUAUGCUCCAUAAUUUUAUGGCUGAAUUUUCUUAUGGUAAUUUAGUUAUUUUCCGAUUUGACGAAUACAUUUUUAAAAUUAUGCAGAUAAAAUUUUUUUUUUUAAAAAAAAAGUGGAUACAGCAA